AUGCAGUUGGCAGCCCUCUUGAGAAUUGUCGUGGCGUGCGCUGGUGUCGUCAUGGGAAUGCAAGUGCCCAAAAAAGACCAUAAUGCUAAGCGGUAUUUUGCCGUGGAGCUCGAUACUUCUAAAUCUUCAGAACCGUUGGCAGACUUUAUAACACAACACAAGCAGGUUUUUCACUUUGAGCAUCCGGUUCGUGGUCUUGAUGACCAUUUUGUUUUCAGCAUUGAUAAAGAACAUGAUUUUGCAAGUGCCAUAGGAAACUUCAAUACAGACGAUGAAAAGUUGUUCAAACGGUCGUCAGGUUUUGAAGACGUCUAUGACUCGAUGAUAAGUAACCCUCACUUGAGGUCAAUUCAGCUUCUUGAGCCUAGAAAGUUAGAGAAAAGAAUGCCAGUGAUGAUCACCGACGACGACGUCUAUGGUCGUGAUGAUUCUCCUGGAGAUUCUUCGCAACAAUUGUUGAAUGAAGCCACGCAAAAAUUGAGCAUUAAUGACCCCACAUUCAAGGAGCAAUGGCAUUUGAUAAACACGUUCAAUCCCGGCCACGACGUUAAUGUAACUGGACUUUGGUACGAGGGUAUCACUGGAAAAGGCAUUGUUUCGGCACUUAUAGAUGAUGGUCUUGACUACGAGAGCGAGGAUCUCAAAGAUAACUUCAACAUGAAAGGUUCGUGGGAUUUUAAUGAUAAUAGAAACCUUCCUAUGCCCACACUUUAUGAUGAUUGGCAUGGAACAAGAUGCGCUGGUGAGAUAGCUGCAGUGAAAAAUGACGUUUGCGGUUUGGGUGUUGCCUACGAAUCCAAUGUGAGUGGAAUCAGAAUAUUGUCGGGUCCAAUUACCGCCGAAGAUGAAGCAGCAGCAAUGAUAUUCGGUUUGGACGUAAAUGACAUUUAUUCAUGUUCUUGGGGUCCCACAGACAACGGCAAAGUUGUAUCUGCUCCUAAUAAAAUCGUCAAGAAAGCGAUGAUAAAAGGAGUUCAGGAUGGAAGAGACAAGAAGGGUGCUAUUUAUGUGUUUGCAUCGGGCAAUGGAGGAAGAUUUGGUGAUUCUUGCAACUUCGACGGUUACACAAAUUCCAUCUAUUCGAUAACUGUUGGAGCAAUUGAUUACAAGGGAAUGCAUCCCAUCUACUCCGAAGCAUGUUCAGCCGUCAUGGUUGUAACCUAUUCAUCUGGUUCAGGAGAACAUAUACACACCACUGAUAUCAACAAGAAGUGUUCUGCUAUUCAUGGAGGUACUUCUGCAGCAGCUCCAUUAGCAGCUGGAGUUUUUGCGCUAGUUUUGCAGUCGAAUCCUGAUUUAACCUGGAGAGAUCUCCAAUAUAUCGCAGCAUUGAGCUCAAUUCCAGUUAAUGAGGACGAUGGCAAUUAUCAAGACUCAGCAUUGGGCAGAAAAUAUUCUCAGAGAUAUGGGUUUGGAAAGCUUGACGCUUACGGAAUGGCCCAUUUUGCCAAGGACUGGAAAAACGUCAAGCCACAAGCAUGGUACUAUUCUGACUUGAUCCUGGUGAACGAUGCAAUUGGAGCAACGGAUAACGACAAAGUGAUCAAAUCUGUCAUUGAUGUCACCGAGCAUGACAUGAAGGUGUCCAAUGUUGAACGAGUUGAGCAUGUUACCGUCACUGUGAACAUCCAGGCUACGUUUAGGGGAAAGAUUGGUGUUCGACUCAUCAGUCCACGAGGUAUGAUCAGCGAUUUGGCGACCGAGAGACGCGGCGACCGGUCUAUGAGUGGACUCAAGAAUUGGACAUUUAUGUCUGUGGCCAACUGGGGAGAAAAAGGAACCGGUAAUUGGACCCUUGAGGUGUUUGCAUUCGACACCGAAGGCACAAAAAACGAGAUUAGAUUUAUUGACUGGUCGUUGCGGAUUUUCGGCGAGAGUAUAGACCCUGCCAAAGCAGAGACCUACGAUAUGGAUAAGGACUAUGCUGCGGUAAGAAGGGACAGACUUGCGGAUGACGAAAAGCAAAAAACCACUUCUCUGGCACAAGCAACCACCAGCGAAGCUAAAUCGUCAGAGACCACGUCCGCAACAAAAACCACAGAAGAACCGGAAACCACCACAUCUUCUACGUCAUCUACGUCGCUGGCUGCGCAGUCCAGUGAUGUUGGCGAGGGAAAGAUCGAAUACAAGAAUGAUCAUUUUGGUGCUUACUUUAUGGCGGUAGCAUUAAUUGGGUUUAUCAUAGUAGUGUUGGUGAUGAGAUACCACCGCACACCUGGAGGCAGCCGUAGGCGGAGAAGAAGAGACGAAUAUGAAUUCGAUAUAAUUCCAGGAGAAGAUUAUAGUGAUAGUGAAGAGGAAACCGACUCAUUGGAUUUGGGAGAAAGAAAUGACAGACCCCGAGGCAGUGAAGAAGCAAGAGAUAGACUUUUUGAUGAGCUCCAUGCGGAAACGUUACCCGACUACGAAGAGGAGAUGUUUAGAAUUGUGGACGAUGACCACGAGGAGGGAGAAGGUGACAGCAAAAAGUCGCAAAAGGACAAAGGUGAAUCACAAUCAACCGAGGUCGGUGCGGCCCCAUCGCCCCAAUCGACCGAAACGUAG